CGCACUGGAUCCAACCGGGCCCCACUCGCAGUCAACAACGCUAAGACGGCUCCACUAUCACAGCCAAACCCACCCCUCUUUCCAGCAUGCCAGGUUCUGAAAAACUCCACUGAGAUGGAUGGGGCUCCCUAAAUUCUCGGUUGCGACCGGGGUCAUUUUGGGAGGGAGAGCUUCCACUUCCCGAUCCGCGUCCCGAGCAACCAAAAUGCAAAGUAAACAAUAAAAGAAAUCAUCAUUCUUUCACCAACCUUCAACCCGAUCCGGGCACAACCUGGGGCCCAUUUACCACACAACACACAACCAAGGACUGCGCAAAACCGGUCACAUCAUUGCGCACAAUCCUCUCGAAUCUUCUACCAAAACACCACCGAGUGGGAAGCGGCCCCAAACAUCGAUUCUGCGCUAUCGCAAACUCAUCACCAAACAUUAUCGUCAUCAUCACCAUCCAACAUGCCUCCAGCACCUCGUCGCCUGGUGCGCCGGCGGCCGUUAUCCGAGAGGAUACAAGCUUUUCUUAACCCUAUGGACUUUUACAUCUGGAUCUCUGAGGAAAUCCAAAGCUUCGACUGGGACUCGACGACCUUCGGCACUUGGUUCGGUCUGAUUGCGAAUUUCCUCUUCCUACUUGCGAGGGCGAACGGCAACAUUGGUGGAGGAUUUGUCGACGAUGAUGUCUUUUCGGAUGCCCCAUCCAGCGGCUUUACGAAGGCAUUGGUUAACUUCCUCAUCUGGACGCUGAUCCCCAUCUCUGGCCUCAAUGCCUUCUACACCAUGACCCGGUCGCGCCACUACCGACUAUUCGAAGCGAACGUCGAGGCUCAAGGCCCGUCAACCCCUUCCGCGCACCGCGUCCGAGUCGAUUCAUCGCCGUCCACCCCCACGCCCCUUCGAUACAUCCAAAACUUUGCGAAAGGCGAAUCGGCUGAAGCGCGCGCUCACCCCGACAAGACACGCGACGUAUGGGAGGUGGCCGUUUGGGACCCGUACCCGGCAACACUGCGCAUCUUCUGCCUCUUCAGCCCCGGUCACGCCCUCAUCUACAUGCUCUUCCUUCCCUUGGCCGCCCUUGACCCGCGCCCGAGCGUGACCGUCUUCAAGGCUCUUGUCCUGCAGCUCCUCCUCUCGGCCCAGAUGCUCCUCCUGACCUCCCGUUUCACCCAGCAAUCCAAGGACAUGAACAUCAUCCACCGCGAAGUCAUGCACGAAUACGACAUCAAGUACGUCCACCCGCGGGUCUACCCGAUCUACCGCGAGGUAGCGACCCAGGUCUCGAUCGUCGACGACGUUUUGGAAGAAGAAUCGGUAGCUAUCGGCACCCCUUCGACCAUCAUCCGCCGCGGCUUCGAAACGCACCCGAACCCGAACUACACCAAGCACUUCGACCCCGACGGCGUCCUCAAGCAGCGGAGAGAGCUAGAGCAAACCGACGCUUCGACGCCCGCCGCACGACCCUAUACACCCAUCACCGGUAGACCUAGCUUCGGAUCAGUAACCUCUUCAACAAGCACUCGCACCCCGACCCUCCGCCAAGGUGCCAGCUACGGCACCCCCUCAACCUCGAUGACCGCCCGCCCAACACCUAGCAAGAGACAAGUUGCCCACGCCGGCACCACACCAUACCCACUUAAAGGAGGAGGCGGCAGCCUCGGCGUCUACCAGCACAUGAACUCCCCACUUAAACGAACAGCCAGCAUAGGCACCGACGCGCCUUCUUCGCCCCGCAACGGCCGCGAGAUGGCAGCCCUGGAGCAGAGGGACUUGGCGGAUAGGCUGAUUAGGCAACAUAGCCCUGUGAAGCCGAGCCCGUUGAAGAGCGAGAUUUAUCCUGCGGGUGAGGGGUCGCCGAGGAAGUCAUCGGCGAGGUCGGUGGCAAGCGGGGAUGGUGGGGACGGUGAUAGUAGUGCGUAUAUGCAGCAACAUUCGCUGGCGACGUUGAAUAAUGCGCGGGCGAAUAGGUGGGCGCAUGAGAGGUUUCCUACGAGGAGGGUUUAGAAUUGAAGUUGAGAAGAGAGAGGGAGUGGGGGAACGGGGAAGGGACAUGUAACGAUGUAUCAACAUUUGGAGUUCUUUGCAAGCGGUGUUCUGGGGGGGGUUUUUCUGAUUUCACAUCUACCAAAGAAAGAAGCGAGCUCGUGUAUGACGGGGAGUCGAAGAUGGUAUGCUUACUUACAUUCAUAAGGCAUAUAAAAUGGCGUUCUUCUGGAGAUGGUACAAACACAAACGGACCUACCUCAUCGCACAAUGUUAUGAUCUGCUUAGACAUGCGUUUCUAUCUUCAAACGAGCUAGCUCCCAACUCACAUAUGUAUGUCACCGAACUCUCCCAAGUCCAGUCCAUGUUCGCUCCUUACAAGUCAUCACAGUCAUCUUUUCACGAUCACUCAUCACCACGA